AUGUUUAAACAAAUUUUAUGUCAAAUAUUUUCUAAUCAAUGUCAAUUAACUUCUCUUCAACUCGAUAUAGCCAAUUUGUCUUAUGAAAUUCAUCAAAGUUUAAAUUCACAUGAUUAUCUUUUAUCAAACAAAAUUUCUAAUGAAUCUCAAUCUUAUUGUAUAACUUUACGGCGUUUGUUCAUUCAUCUCGAGUACACCUGUUUUCUUGAACAUCUCAUUGAAUAUGUGCCCAAUCUCGAACAACUAUCGGUUCAUUUUCGCAAUUCAUUAAUCGAUAAGUAUCGUCUUGAUUCAAAUAUUCAAAUACCAAAACUAUCAAAUGGAAAUUGGUUUAAUAAAGUACCAAGAUUGAAAAUUUUUACAUUGAAAAGUUUUGUUCAUACUGAUUUUGAAUUUACUUAUUUAAAAUGGCUUCUUAAUAAUUUAAAUCAUAUUACAAAACUGCAAAUUCAUUUAUAUAGUAAUUAUACAUGGAAGACAGAUCAAUUAAUAUGGAAAUCUAUUAUUGAUGCAAAUUUUAUUCGUCAAUAUUGUUUACCUGAUCAAAUAAUUAAUUUAAAAUAUUUUUAUUUUUAUAUUUGUGCAAAAUGUCAUUCAUCAUUAAAUAAUAUUUCGAAAAUAAUUAAUUCUUUUAAAAUAAAUUCUUUUUUUAUUGAUCAUCAAUGGACAAAUGUUCAAUGUUUUUAUGAUAAAAAUACCUCAUAUCAACAUAUAUUCUCUUCUAAUCUUAAGAAAUUUCAACGUUCUAUCCUUUUAUUUAAGCAUCCAUAUAUAUAUGAAUGGUCUGAUAUUGAACAUAUUCAAAAUAGUCUUCGUCCAUCAUUUUAUUUAUUUCUCAAACAAUUCGAUGAAUUAUGUCCUAAUAUUUCUUCUAUGACAAUUGAUAUAGGAAAUUAUGACGUUGAACCAAAUAUUGUGCGAUCAUUGACAACACCAUUCAAAAUGGGACAACAAAAUCUAAAUGAUAGUCAACUUCGAAAUGUUACAAAACUUAGAUUUGGAUAUUGUUCUCGUCGUCGUAUUGGUCCUUCUAGAGAAUUGACAUAUCAAGAUAGAGAACGCGCCAGACUACUUACUAUUCUUAUUUCAAUGCCUAUUCAACUUAAAUAUCUUUUUGUUCAAAAAUUUGAAUGGCUUUUAUAUAUUGUUCAAUAUCCUUUUCAUUACUUGCGAAAAAGUGCAUUAAAUACUGUUCGAUAUGCUGAAUUUGGUAUUUCGAGUUGUAAUGUUGGUGAAAAUGAUUCAAUUCAGAUUGGCAAAUAUCUUGUACCUUUUCUGAAUACUUAUAUGCCUUAUUUACAAACAUUACGUCUUUGGAGACCAGAUGAUUUUCCUUGGACAUCAAUUCGACCGAACUUUAGUUCUGGAAAUUUAUGUGGAAAUUUUAUGAGACAAUGGAGACAAACUCUACGUACACCUGAAUCUAUAAAUGAACAUGUUAUUGUGUUUGAACAAGAUCUUUGUCAAUUAGUCGAACAAUUAAAACAAUUUGUUUAUCUUGAUAUUUAUGGCAAAAUUGAUCCUGAAAAAGUCGAACCCUAUCAUUUAAUGGUUCAAACACGUUUUCCAAAUAGUCGAAAUGAUAUUCAAAUAUCAAGAUUUUCUCUUUGGAUUUAA